CCUGCCGGGUCCCUACAUAACCCUAGCCGGUCUGCAGGGGUACUUACAAGCAUGUAUACAUGCCAUACCUCCCCUCGCCCUCUACCACACAACAUUACGGGGACCAGACCGCUGUGCUGCCUCGAUGAUGGAAGCCCAGGCCGAGGACACCCCGACGUUGGACGGCCUAGUCGCCAAGUUGAAACAGAAAGGCGUGAGUCCGGAGGAGCUGGCCGAGUUCUCCAAUGCGCUGAAGCGGUACCCCGGGGUUCUCCUGCAUCGGCCGAUUGCCCAGCAACCCCCUGCCAGAGGAUUCACACCGAGACCAAGCCGCUUUGCCGGCUACGUCCGAAAGCUCAUGACCCCAGGCUACGUGGCACUGAUGCCAGGGGCCGAGCGGGAGGAAUGGCUUGAGCUGGCGAAGGCGACCGGGAUGCGCAAGGCAUCAGAUGAGCUGGCCAUCCCCAUGGCUGCCAUCCACCUGACGGUGGUGAACCAGAACCUGCAGCCGAUCGACGCGAGAUACCAGGAGGCAUUUAACACAACCAUCCCGGCGUACAUUCUCGCGAUGCACGAAAAGGUAGGCUCGAUCUCGCACGCGGCCUACGACGUCCUGGUACAGGAGGUCUUCUCCGGGAAGACGUGGACGCCACACUCUUGGCCACGGCACUCCAUCUUGAAGGUGACACCGGCGAGCUUCGAGCUGCAGUUCACCACGGAAAUCCAGGAACUUGUCAGGCAUGGCGUCACCGAGAGUACCAACCCCCCACGUGGAAGCACACGUGCGGUCAGAUCGGAUAUGGAACUCACCGAAUGCGCUGAGGAGGACCUCAUCGUUACGAGAGUUACGAGACCAACGGGCGGGACAAAGCUAUCAAUUACAGAGAAGGGUAAAGGUCAGAUCCGAAAGUGGGCCAGCCAGGCAAUCCCUUACGGAAAGAUUGCACGACGCUUUACGAUCAAAGGUGAAGAUGCUCACGUAACCAGGCCAUUUAUUGUGAGAGUUAUAAAAGAAGGGAGUGCAGGGCAGAGGUAGAGCAGAGAAUCGAUCAGCGCUUCUCAAUUUCCAUCCCUCUCGGCGUUGUAUCGCUUGACAAGCUCGUCCAUUCCGGCUUGCCCUACGGCAUCAACGUAACGACGAAACAUGUCUUCGUCCUCAUCGAGGCGCCCCAAGAGGGACGUGAUACAGCAAAGGGAAUCGUCGCGGCUGACGUCCGGCAGAUGUGGCACCGCAGCCUGCGCCACCACGGGCACCAACACCACCUCAUCACCGUGUAUUUCGACGGUCAAACCGAGAUCGAAUUCCGGGCAAGCUCUUGAUAUGGCGUGUCGGGCUGCAUUGAGAUUGUCGCCAAAGGUUUUGCCGCAGCCCCGGACGCACGGGACGCAUACCAAAUCCUUGCCGUUGAAGAGGAUGCAUGCGGCAGAGUUGGCGUGCCUUCUUGCACUGGCUGGCGCUUUAAAUAUAGACCCGCACCCCCUUGGACAGGGAACAGAUCUUCUUAUAUCCAAUAACCUGCAGUAAUACCGAGCGUGGGUUGAUAUGCGUAGCUCAGUACUAAGAGAAACGCCGCAGCCGAGCGGGCAUUCAUAUUCGAGACGACCUGGGCAUAUGCGGGCGUGCCUUCGAGCGGCGAGUGCUGUAGAGAACAUCCUGUCGCAGCCUGGAUCAGCCUCGCAUGGGAAUGUGUAACUUUUCUGAGCAUAUUUUGCCUGAAUUCUUGCUGAAAUCCUAUCCUUGUUCAUGGCGUAGUACUGUCGUGCAUAGGCAUUUCGUAUUGCCUGUCUCAUUCCUUCUGGCCAAGGGAUGGGGACAACGUCCAGUAGCGGGCAGUGCUGCAUGGUGCCCCACCAAGGACAGUUUAGUCGCAAGCGAUGUAGUUCCUG